ACACCUUUACACCAUCACACACACACGUGCACCCACACAAACACACAAACGUACCAAAACAGUCCCAUCCUAUUGUUUGCGGAGUACAGCUUCGAGGAGUACCCGGAUGGGAGCCGGGCCGCCGUCUGUCUGACCAAGGCGUCCAACGUGUGGACAAUCACGUUUUUCCUGAUGACCAUUUCGCUCUUCUUCUUGUUGCCACUGAUCAUCCUGAUUGUGUUGUACGCCAUAAUUGCCAAGAACCUGAUUGCGAGCAACAACUCGCGGAUGAAGAUCCGACUUAGCAAGCCGGAACUUAGCUACAAGGCUCGGAAGCAGGUGGUCCUCAUGUUGGGCGCCGUCGUGCUGGCUUUCUUCACCUGUUUGCUCCCGUUUCGGAUGCUGAUGCUGUGGAUCAUCAUCGUGUCCGAAGAAACAUUCCAAAAGCUAGCCGUAGAAAAGUACUACAAUCUAUUGUAUUUUAGCCGUAUAAUGUUCUACCUCAACUCGGCCGUGAACCCUAUCCUGUACAACCUGAUGUCGUCCAAGUUCCGGAAGGGCUUCCUGCGGCUGUGCCGCUGCACACGCAUCUGGACCCGCUCCGGUCGACGGGGUGGCAAGGUACGGGGCCGGUCAGCCACGUUCACGACCACCACAAACUCUUCGUUUCUCACGAACUCAUCGAUCCGGAAGAGCAGUGAGAAAUACACAUUAUCGCUGGACGAUUUACGCUUCCAGCAGCAGCAACAGGACCAACCACAAAGGGUCCAACCGAAUGGGCUCCUACUGGCAGCAUCGGAUACAUCUCCCAAACCCACCCCAUCGGCCACCAACAGUGACGACGAGGAACCCUUCCAGCUAAGCCGAUUCUAUCGGAUGAACCUACUCCGGCAGUAUUCCACCCCCCUGCUGACGACGGAAACCACAUCACCGACCCCGACAACGACGACGACAGCCAUCGUCCCGACAGGGAUCAAUAACAACAAAUCAGUCGAAAGUGCGGUCAAGCGUCCCUUUAACGUGACCUUCAUGGAGACGGCCGUCGAAAGGAGCCACGGGUCCACCGAACUACGACCACCGGAUGGGAAUACCGGCAGCAGUAGUAGUAGUGGCAAUAAUCUGCUUAAUCCCUGGAAAUUGAAACUCAACCGGCGGCCAGCAAUGAUGGUUCUGACCGCAAAGCAAAUGUCGUUGGAUGAAAGUUUGUUGGGUCGGCGGAAGCAGCAUCCGAACCUGGCGUUGAUGACCGUUGUGACUGGAGAGGGUAGCUCGAACGAUGUAUGAGAUGUUUGAAAAGUGUUUUAAUUAUGGUGAACAGACGAAUUCAAUUAUCACUGGUGGAUUGUUUAAGACUCAAUGGAUCUGAUUUAUAAUUUUUACUAAGUACCAUUGAAUGAUACAAUUAAAACAGCAUUGUAAAGUUAUAACUUGCAUAACAAUAAUUAACAAUUUUAAAUAUUUGCUGUGUCGAUCAAGGGCGGCUUCCAACUACUGAGUCACAAUUUGUUGAUAAAGAAAAAGCUAUUUCAUUGUAGUCUUAGAUACAUUAAUCAAAAUGAGCAUUCAUAAUCAAAUGAAAUAAUUACCUGAAAAAAAAUUUGUCGUUUGUUUGUAAGGCACACGGUAAAAAAAAUUAUGGUUAUAUUUGAUCGAUGAAUGUUGACAGUUUUGAGUCCUAAAAAUGUGUAAUAAUCCCUCGAAAAAUCUGUAAACUUUUCCAAAUAUCGACGCUUCUGUGCUCUCUUGUACUAAGCUUGCUGGGGUUCCUAUCUAAUUAGCAUGAGAGAGCACAAAAGCAUCGAAAAAGCGGUAAGGUAAGAACCUAACUGAGAAAAGUGUUAAAAACAAUCCUUUCGAUCAAAAGUAUGAUACCGUAAUCUGGGGCGAAUCGGGACUUCAGUCUGUCUGAGUCUGUUCUAACCGAAACCAACCAGAAAAAUCAAAAUAUUGUGCUCCAACAUGGUUAAAACUUCUGUCCCAAUUCGCCCCAUGUGUCCCGAUUGACCCCAGUUUACGGUAACUGUUUUUCAAUUAUUACCACCAUUUUUUUUGUCAAGAUUAUUUUCCAAUCAAAUCUUGACACGGCUGUCACUGCGAUUGCUCCCACGCUCCAUAAUAUUCAAUCUAGCUCCUAUCAAACAAAUCACAGUCAAUCAGCAUCACGUAAUCUCACUAAGCAUUCCAUAACACCAUCAUCACCAAACCCGAUUAUCGAUUGGCACAGCAUCCCUUUCUUAUCCAGAGGAAAAGAGAUUUCUCUUUAACAUCCCCCCACUUCUCUGCAAAAGCCGGCGUGCAGUGUUUGUAUGUGUAUUCUACUUAUUAUCAUCAUCAGGGCGCGCAAAGUCCGUCACCCGCCACCCACAAAAGACCAAUGUCAAAGUUGAGCUGAGCUGAUCUGAGCCCAAGCCACUCUCCUCAGACAGUUGGUGGAAAUCGUUCAUUUACUGAUGGUAACAGGGCAGAUUCGAUUCGGAAUCUUAGUCAUUCGGAUUUUUUUAGCUAUUUAUUCAGAACCAUGUUAUGAUGAUGUUAUACCUUGUCUUAAUGUAUGCCUAAAUAAAUUCUUAAAUUGAAAAUUUGACAUAAAACAUGAAGUAAUUGAAAGUGUCGAGAUAAUUGAAUCUACACUGUACCAUCAAAUCAGUGAAAAGCUCUCUCUUUGUGGCGGCCCCCACAAUCGAACGGCGGCGAGACGAAACGCGUUGAGGCACUUAACAUCCAGCUGUGAAGAAAUAAUUGAAUUUCUCUGUUCUAUGACUAGCUGUUUUUUGUUGUAUUCCACCACAAGUUCUUCAAAGUCAGUCCACCGUUUCCGCUCCUUGCUGCUCAAUGCUUCCUGUUUCCUUUCCUUGCAAAGGGUGGAAUUAAUCUAAUUCAACAUCCUCUUGUGUACUCACUUGUGUGUGUGUGCAUAAUCUUUUGUGUGACAGGAUUGUGGUAGUAAAGAAAAACUACUCCCUCAGCUGAAGUAGCCAUUUAACUUUAUCGAUCCUAAUAAAAAAUGUGGAGAUCGAGCAUUCCUCCCAGGCCAAAUACACGUUUAACUACUGGUCUUGCGGUUGUUGGUUGGAUGAUAAAAAGACAACUAUUCUACUGUUCGCCAUGCUAGACAAAGUCAAGGAAAACGAACUCGAAAGUAUUAUUAAUUUUAAGAGUACACAUCAAAUUUAGAGCUUAUCACAAAUAUUUUAUUGUAACAACGCAAAAUCCAACGCAAAUCUGAUUGUUAAUUCGGUGUAGUUCGAGUAGUAAACUAUUAUCCACUUUAUGUGAACGUUACCAAUUACCAGCUAGCUUUAAAAAAUGUAAGAGUCCAUUAAUUUAUUAUGUUAAGUAUGAUUUGUUGAAAUAAAUAUAAUAUUAUGAUACAAUCAAAUU